AUGGUGGUGUUGGACUCAUCCACGUUCCAGCACCCACUCAUGCCAUCUUCGGGACAGAAGAUGGUCUCUGAGCUGUUGAGAGUAUACUGCCCCUCUAUUUCCAAUGGUGCCGACGGGGUCCAUUGCCAGACCCCAACGAAGAACAAUCGGAAAUCUACGCCAGCUGGGCCUUCGGAUGCGACAUUGCCAGCCCUGACUCAACUGGGACCUUUUCGACUCGGCUGUACCAGAGCAUUCGUCAGCCUCCUCGACAAUGGCUGGACAAAAGUCAUUGCUCAUGCUACAAUUGAGAACUCCCGUGGUGGCGACAUCGGCACGAGCACUCUUGGUUUGAAGACAAAUGGACAACAUGGACAUACUAUGAUGAAUGGAGUGACGGACUGCUCUCGCGUGAUCGGGGAUUUGACGAAGGAGGAUCAAUUCAGGCGACACCCCUUCGUGAUUCGAUUUCCAGAAACGCGCUUUUAUGCUGAGAUUCCACUACGUUCGCCCCGUUGGGGCACAAUUGGCACUUACUGUGUUGUGGACAACGAGGAUCGUGCGUUGUUGGAAGACGAAAACAUAACGGACCUAGAGGAUACUGCCAGUGCAAUUGUCCAGCAUCUUGAAAGCGUCUACGCUGUGCAUUGUCAAGUCAAAUCGGAUCGUCUGCUCAAUACGCUCAUGACCGUCAAAGGUCUCCCUAGUAUUGAGCACAUUGACGAGACGUCAGAGACACAGUCCUCGCCCGGGUCUGAUUUGUCAGAAAAGCUCGACCACCUUUCAAUAUCAAUGAAGGAGGCGCGCGACAUGCCUCCAAUAUCGACGGUAUUGCAGCCGCCUGAGUCCCCGUUCUUUCAACAUGAGCCAGGUUUCAACAUUCCACACCCUCGGGAGAACCAUCAACAACACCUCAGAAGAUACUCCAUUGCAUCUAAUAAUUUAGUGACCGUGUCGGAAAAGGUGGCUCCAUCCCCUCUCACUUCUCUGCUCUUCUCGAGAGCUAGCACGCUGUUGCAAAAGGUGAUGGAACUAGACGGAGUCUUGUUUUUGGACGCUUCGAGAAGCAAUUCUAGACGAUUUUCGUCAACUAGUGGCAGUGAUUGGGAUGCGCAGUCUAAGGAUGGCGAUGGAAGCUUGUCAACGCAUUCAUCGCUUCUAUCAUCCCAAGGUGGCUGGUCUGAACGAUUGUGCGAGCCACUCGGAAUAUCAUUGUCACAGUCCACACAAAAUGCAAGCCGCUCAUUUAGGCUUUCCAUGACGGAGGCAUUGUUGCAUGACUUGUUCAUCUGGUCUCCGCAGGGUGAAAUAUUUUAUACCGAUCCCUUGGUACAAUCUGCCCACAGCAAAGGAUCAGUUGAUGAAAAUGAACAUUAUUCGAACCAUCUUACUGCAACACGCCUUUCUCGGGACUUUCCGGAUGCCAAGUCACUGAUUUUCUACCCCUUGUGGAAUUGGGACAAAUCUCGUUGGCUUGCUGGUAUUGUGAUCUGGACCGGCGAGAAUGAAAGAUUGCUCGACGAAGAGGAUCUGUAUUAUUUGAAGACGUUCGCCGAUCUUGUCACCUCCGAAUACCUGCACAUAAGCUGGACUGCCACCGAAAAGUCCAAAUCAGACCUGUUUUCGUCUGUCAGCCAUGAACUUCGGUCACCAUUGCAUGGCAUGCUUGCUAGUGCCGAAUUGCUACAGGCCACGACUCUUGAGACAGCCCAACGAGAUAUGGUUACGAUGAUCGAGACUUGCGGUCUGACAUUGUUGGAUACCAUAAAUCAUCUGCUGGACUUCACUAAGAUAAACAAUCUAACCAACAUAUCGCACCUGCAAAAAGUCGCAACUGUCAACCAGGAAGUUGAUAUUGAUCAUCUAGUGUCUCAAUUCAACUUGGACACCCUGGUGGAAGACGUUGCCGAUGUUCUAUAUUUCGGUCACCGCUCUCGCAUCAACACCUCAAAGAUUGCUGGGCGCUAUGUCAAUAACGGUACUGGUGUCAGCAGUCGCACCGUUAGCUCUGAGAGCAAUUGUUCCGACGACUUGAAUGAUAUCUCCGUUGUCGUCCGCAUCGAUGAGCAGCCAUCUUGGGUCAUCCAGUCAGUAUCCGGCGGGUGGAGGCGAAUCGUCAUGAAUCUUCUAGGAAACGCGUUCAAAUUUACCCAGUCCGGGUUGAUAGAAGUUUGCCUAGCGCAGCGAGUGGAGCGCUCCAAUGGGUCAAAGUCAGUACAGGCACACCUAUCGGUCAAAGAUACUGGCUGCGGCAUCUCAACCGAGUUCUUGGAAGACAAACUCUUCCAGCCUUUCACGCAAGAGAACGACCUGGCAGAAGGAGUUGGACUCGGAUUGAGUAUUGUAAGGCAACUAGUUUCCUAUCUCGGUGGUACUGUCGACUUCAAGAGCGAGGCUGGGGUAGGGACACAAGUUGACGUGUACAUCCCUGUCGAGUUUGUCCAAACCUCUCCCCAGGAAGUUCAGACACUCCAGGAUGAUCCUUGUGCGAGGGCCACAACUCGUGUCUGUCUUAUCGGCUUAAACGGAUUUGCCGGUCUGAACGGCAUUCCAACUCAGGUUUUGAGCACAGAUGCCAAGCGGAAACUGUCUAUCCGGAGUGCACUGAGCAAUGUUCUACUGAGUCAUCCUGGAUGGAUCGUCAGUUUUGCUGAUUCACUUGAAAGAUCUUCGGGUGAUAUCGGCGUUAUGGAAGAAUCGACAUUGAAGAAACUUUCGAAGAAUGGCGACGUUCACGCAAACUUCAAAACGAUCGUUGUUCUCGGCCAGCAUGGUGUGUCUCUACCUGGAAAUUUCGCCAUCAAAGGUGCAGACGUCAUCUAUUUAUCUCAACCAAUCGGUCCCCGCAAAAUCAACGACGCACUACGGCGAUUUAAGGAAUCGCAUCACGAAGCGAGUCCCUCUACUGAAAAGCCAGUGUCUGGCCCUUUCUCAGGCAUUCCUACCCGAGGGAGAUCUUUGUCCGAUGCGUUUGCUCUUGCGAAGGGCACCGAGUCACCCCCUGUGGUGAAGGAUAAUGUGUCCAACUACUCUCCUCCAUCGCCUCGGGAUACGCAGGGGACAGACCUCCAUGUGUUGAUUGUGGACGACAACGACAUAAAUCUGAAGAUUUUGUCAACAUUCAUGCGCAAAAUCGGUUGCACCUUCGAGACCGCCAGUAACGGACUGGCUGCGUUAGAGAAAUAUAAGAACUCGACUGGCAAAUACGAUUACGUUCUCAUGGACAUCUCUAUGCCAAUCAUGGACGGCGUAGUAUCCACAAGCAAAAUUCGCGAGUACGAAGAACAGCACUCUCUCCCCCGGGCCGCCAUCAUGGCAGUCACGGGGGUUGCGUCGAGCAGCAUGCAACAGCAGGCCUUUGCAGCCGGCAUAGACGACUACCUGGUUAAACCAUUGUCACUUCACGACUUGAAACGAAUCAUGAACAUUCAAUAA